UUAUCAAGUUGUGUUUGAACUUUGACUCUUAGUUUCAGUUUAGCCUAAGUCGAAUUUGCAAAUAUAGUAGUGAGUAAACAUUCUAUAAUGUAAUUAAAGAGGAGGACUAAUUAAAAAAAAUAUCGCCUGACAUGUGUUUAAAACACAUAGAUAAUCACAACUUGCCUGUUUUUUCCUAGUGUCAUUGACGGAAAAGAAAUCUUCGUUCCUGGUUAUCUGAGGUACAUGUUAAGAUAAUCAGAAUGAGUGCAGUUGUUGGAAACAUGACUGGUGGAUCAAAUGACCAGAUCCAAAGAGAGGCUUCAGUGAUUGAAGAAGGUCCUGUAACCAGCACCGAUACUCAGGAAGCAUCACCUGCCACCCCUCAAAAAGAUGAGGCCCUGUCAACCAGGGGGAAUCUGCGGCAUCGUAUAUUGCAGAAAACUGGCCUGUCUCAUCCCCAGCCUAAGGAUGACACUGUGGAGUACCCCGCUGAUGAUGAGUAUGGAUUGUUUGAGCAGGGAAGAGACUAUGAGCCAGUCUAUGUGACCCAUAAGUACACAAAGGAAGAGCAGAGAACACUGAGCUCGUUUGAGAGUGUCGAUUAUCUUCCACCACACAGUGAAAUUUACAAAAAGUGGCUGAAAAACCAGGGCCCACUCGGGUAUAACAUGGGUCGAUGGGUAAUCAUGGGUCUGAUUGGAUUUUUUGUGGGGAUGAUCGGAUUUCUUCUGCAUGAUUUGAUUGAAGAAAUUGCUCACUUGAAAUGGCAUCUGACCCGCCAGUUUAUCGAUGACAAAGAUUUUGGACUAGCUUGUGUGGUGGCCAUUUCAUACAGUCUUGUCUUCAUAAUAUUUAGCUCAUUCAUUGUAGUGUUUCUACGGCCCAGUGCUGGGGGGUCAGGAAUUCCUGAGGUCACUGGGUUUCUGAAUGGAACCCUGGUACGACACAUAUUCAACGUGAAGACGUUAGCUGUCAAAUUCUUUUCCUGUGUCGCAGCAGUGGGUUGUGGUCUCCCGGUGGGGCCAGAGGGUCCAAUGAUUCAUAUGGGAGCACUUGUUGGAGCUGGACUAAGCCAGUUUCAGUCAGAGACCCUCAGAAUUAACAUCCCAGUCUUUGAGAGGUUUAGAACUUCUGAGGACAGACGUAACUUUAUCUCAGCCGGAGCAGCAGCUGGGGUGGCCUCGGCCUUUGGCUCCCCUGUGGGGGGCCUCCUGUUCUCUAUGGAGGAGGUAUCCUCGUUUUGGACGACCACUCUUUCCUGGCAGAUCUUCUUCUGUUGUAUGAUUUCUACCUUCACGACAGAUCUGUUCAACUCUGCAUUUGAUGGAUUCAAAUACACAGGCGGAUUUGGACAGUUUAAAACAACUAGAUACAUUCUCUUUAACAUUGAAAGGGGUAUAGAUGUGAACAUUUUGAUGUUUAUCCCUACCAUUAUCAUCGGAUUAAUUGGUGGCCUUCUGGGAGCCAUCUUUACAAUCCUCCACCUGAAGAUGACCCGCGGCAGAAAGAGGCUGCUGGCCAACAUCAAGAGUGAAUGGUUACAGAAAUUACUCAGGAUAUUUGAACCAGCACUUAUAAUUAUCCUAGUGACCAUACUAUCUGUGUACCUGCCACAAGCCUUUGGCUGCUCCAAGUUCACCUGUAUACAGGGGGCCAGUGGUGAUGUCAGUGUGAACUGCAUGAAUGACACGAGGAACCCGCUACACGUAGAGGCGACCGUGGAAACCUACACCUGUACAAAAGGGGCCAUAACGGGAGCCACUAAUACUACAGUGUACACCAAUGGUACUUAUAAUGAGAUGGCCACGUUAAUGUUUGGGACACUGGAGAAUGCAGUGAAGCGACUGUUUUCUCGCGAUACUCACCUGCAGUUUGGUUAUGGUUCACUGCUGACCAUGCUGGUUAUCUACUUCCUGUUAAUCUGCUGGGCGACGGGGACUUCUGUAGCCAGUGGAGCUCUGGUUCCCAUGCUCCUGGUUGGCGGGCUGUACGGGAGAGUGGUGGGACUACUGAUGACCUCGAUGUUUGGUGUCCACAGUGAAGACUUUGGGUACUGGGCCUGGAUGGACCCAGGGGUUUUCUCCUUGAUUGGGGCAGCAUCAUUCUUUGGAGGAGUGACCAGACUAGCUUUGGCUGUCACUGUUAUCAUGAUGGAACUUACCAAUGAUGUCCAGAUUCUGUUGCCUGUGAUGGUGUCUGUAAUGGUGGCUAAGUGGGUUGGGGAUUUCUUCACUCAUCCUAUCUACCAUGCCUUACUGGAACUCAAGUGUAUACCACUGUUAGACCCAGAGCCCAGAGUUAGGAUAAACAGAGAACAACUAAAUCUGGAGCUAUACACGGCUGGUGACAUCAUGUCGUCCCCGGUCAUCACUAUACAGACACAGGAAUCGGUGUCUGUCCUGUCCACUCUCAUGCUGAACACCACUCACGGGGGAUUCCCCGUCAUCAGGAAAAACCAAAAUGGCACAGAGUGCUUCUUUGGCAUAAUCACCAGAAUGGAAGUAAUAGUACUGCUGAAGUGUGAAAGUUUAUUCAAGCCAUUUAAUGAAUCAGAGGAAAGUUUGGAGGAGGAGGAUGCACCAUCUUGGGUGGAGUAUGACCAGAGAGAACCAUCAUUGAAAGACUUUGUAUUACUGAACGUCCACAAGCUGACAGACCCCCACGAGACAUCCGUGAUGUUGCAUAGAUAUGCCACAGACCCUCAAUAUGGCAAUAUAUACAUAGACUUGAAACGAUUUACAAAUCAGUCUGCAUUAUCAAUCCAGGAGAAGUUCUCGCUUCAGAGAACCUACAUUAUCUUCCGAACUCUAGGUUUACGACACUUAACAGUUGUAGACAGCCAAAAUAUAGUGGUGGGCGUAAUUACUCGAAAAGACCUCAUGGGGUUCUACAUGGAAGAGAGGCUGGAGGAGAAAUUGAAGAGGAGGCCCACUAUGGAGCUGAAUGACCUCCAGAACAGAAAUGAGGAUGGGACUAAUCAUGUAGUGUAAGAAAUUGGAAAUGAAAUUUAUGUACACAAGAUCUUCAUAGGAAAAGUCCAGUGACCAUGAUAAACUGUGAUAUCUUUUUGAGGUGCUUUUGAAAUAUUAAAAUGUAUUUAAAAUGUAUAUUUUAAAAAAGAAAUUGGAAUGAACAUUUAAGAACAUACCAACAACAACACCCCCCCCCCCCAAAAAAAAAUCAAGAAAAUUGGCUGUUGUGUAAAUAAUUAGUAUAUUAUAUGAAACAAAACAUACAUUUUUAAAUAAAAUAGUACAAAAAAGUAGAUUUAUUUCCCACAGAUUUGGUAUGGACUUUGAAAUUUAAGCCACAGGUUGUGAAAUACAUGUAUGUACAUACAUUUUUAUAUUUGUCCUGACUAUUAUUUAAAAAAAAUAUCAUAAAGUUUUAUUUGCAUUUACUAAUACAUUAAGUUUGGUACAUGUGUUUUGAUUUUGUUGUUGAUUUGAGUUGUGUUGUACAUGCAUAUUUAAAUACCUGCAUUUGAAAUUCAUAGGAUGUUUAAUAAUUUUCCUGUGUAAUGUUAUUACGCAAUCUGUAUACAGGAGAAAUAGCACACCAGGGAAAACGUAGGGAUGGAAAGUGGUCCAGAUAUAUUUAUGAAAUAAUUAUUAAAAAAAACUUUCUAUUUUCAUUUUAGUGAAAAAUGCAAUUUUCGUAGAAAAUCACCUGAUAAAAAUUAAAACCCUUGCUAGACAUUGAUCAUGAUUUACAGAUUGACAUGUUUUCUGUUUUCUUAAUCUUACAGCAAUAUGUACAUCUACUGAAGACAAUAAAAACUGAAAGAUGAAAGAUUUUAAGCACAAACAUCAAUAUAUCAUCUGUUUCUUUGGCUAGAAGAUCUAUGUGCAAGAGUUUUAUUUAAAACAUGUAUUUUUUUUUAUUUUCAACUACACAAGAACACUACCUCUGACUAUUAUAAACUAAAUUCUCACAAUCCUUCAAUAAAUGCUCCAGAUGAUAUGAAAUGAUUUUUUUUUUAAAUCUAGUUAUAAUAGUUCUGUACAUCUAUUUAAAAAAAUGCAUUAUACAUGUAUUUUCACAUGUAUUUAAACAUAAAUGGACAUUGAUAACAUUAGGAUAAACUUUUCCAAUCUUGCAUAAAUUUUCAGAAGAGAAAAUUACAUUAUGAAAAUGUACAGGUCACCUGAAUCAUCGUGCAUUGUCAGUCGUGCAUUAACAAUUGAACAUUUUUAAUUUCUUGAUAGCUAGCUUACAUUUCAAUCCUUCUGGAAACCAAGAAUUUGAUUUUUUUUCCUACCAAAUCUAUAAAUGAAUUAAAGGAAAGGAACCUGACAAGAUUUCCUGAAAAUUUCAUGUUCCCACUGUCAUUCUUUGACAAGCUGUGUAUUGAUUUAUUAAAAUUAAUUAAAUCAAGUAAUUGUAUAGAAAUUCCCGUGCAAAUCAGGUUGUGUAAUAUUUGUAUUCUAUAGAAGGAAUGGGUUAAGGUAAUGAAUUUGUCAACGAUAUAUUCUAGUACUUAAAUCUAGUCAAUAUUUUUUUUAAAAAAUACAUAAAAAUAUAAACAAUAAAAUGUCUUUCUUUGUUGUUUCAUCGGGAGAUUUGCAUAACCUGCUAUGAAUUUCUUCUACAAUGCUUGCUACCUUCAUCAUCUGAUGAAACAUCAAAGAAAGCUUAUUUUAUUGUCUUUCAUCAGUAUGGCACUUUUGGGGACAUGCAUUUUUCAAUAGAACACAUCUUGUUGUAUUCUGGUGUUGAAUAUUAGAAUUCAGCUUAGUUAAUCAUUAUAGAUUUCGUAGCCCUUGUGGUUAAUCGUAAUACUUUUAAAACCAAUACUCAGGUGACAGAUAAGGCCCGUGGACCUCUUGUUAAAUCUAACUUGAUUAUGUCAGUUUAGACGAUUGUUACAACUGAUUCCACUUUUUCUCAAAAUGACUAGUGUCUCAAACACAUUUUUCCAAUAUUCAUUUGAUGUAGGACUUUUCCUUGAUACAUAAUUUAUCCAACCAUUAACCCUCUGAGUCAUCCGGCAAGGUCAUGAAAUUCUAAAAAGACAAGAAACACAUUUUUUUCAAUAUGAGUUUCGAAAAGAAGUCGACAAUUAUGACGAUAUAUUAUUUCUCUCUAAAUUAUGUACAUAUAAUCGCAACACUGGCAACCAGAGAAGAAGGGCGAUAACUGUGACACAUCAUCCCGCAAAUACUCAUCUUAUCAGAAAUCCACAUUUAUUUUAUUUCUCAAAUCUCGAAGAAAGAUUUUUUGUUGUUUUAAAGAUAUAUCGUAUUUUGAUGUUGUUUGUACAUUCCAUGACCCAUAAAGAGUUUUAGCAGUAAAAUAGUGUACUAUUUUUGUUGAUACAUGUACUAACAUUUUUAAUGAACAUUUUAUACCGGUAUAUUACACAUGAAAAUUAACUAUUUUUGUUGAGAGUGUGUUAUAUCCUUACUAGAGUUUUUUCAUUGUUCACAUAAAAACGUGAGGAGUUGCAGUGUUGUAACUUUUAUGGCCAAUGCACUGUGCCAUAUUUUUGUGGAAAUGACAAAAUUAUUCUUGGAUUUUACAGACUAUAAGUUGUAUCACAGACCAUGUAUAUGCAUUUAUAGUUGUAUAUAUCUUUACAAUGUAUAAUUUCAGUUUGAAACAAAGGAAAGUUGUUUGAAUUUUGCAGUCCCAUACAUUGUAUAUAAUGUAGAGUGAAUUUGUAUUGAGAUUAUCACCAGCAUAUAUGCAUGUUUAAUCGUAAUUUAAGAACAUGGUUACAUUUGUGUCAUGUACAAGCUGUAAAGCUUAGAUGAAAUCAAACGAUUUAUCUUUCAAUCAAGUAUUAUUUUUACAUUCUUAAAGAAUUUAAAGUUUAAAGGAAAAAUGCAAAUUGACCACGGAAUCAUCCGGAAAGGGAUCAUAAUUACAGUUCACAUAAACAAUGUAUUAAGGUAGCUCAUUACACCAAGACGUAUACUUUUUAUGACACUACGUCAUAAGAUGACGAUUCAAAUGUUUUGUGAAAUUACUUAUAUCGAUCGAUUUGCUUGUAUAUCUACGUAGCUCCGAGGAUAAAGUAUUGGGUUAGUAACCCGCAGAUCCCGGCUUCACUUCUGUUCAUAUUCACUGAAAUUUUUUUUUUGAAAAUCAUGUUUUUAUUAUAUAAAAAAUUGUAUAGUCUCUGCCUUUUUGACAUAUAUACUUAUUACUUUAUCUUUCAUAAUUAAAAAAUUUAGUGCAGAUUUGAGAAACUCUUUCAAGGUGUAGUGAGUGAGCUUAAUAUUUAAUACUGGGUAUUUUAUGCUUGUUUGAUUUAUAAUGUUGGAUUUCGUUUUGACCUUCAGAUAUACAGUGUACUUUCAGUGUUUGGUGUGCAAUAUGUUUCUGUGCCGUUCAUCUUGCUGAAUAAAAUUUUAUUUUUAUUAUA